AUGAACCGUCCUCAUACAAACUCUCUCACUCUUUUUCUGUCUUUUCUUUCUCUUUCCCUCGCUCUCACUCUGUCCCUCUUCUUCAAUAUCUUUCCCCCCCUCUCUCUCUCUCUAAACUCUCAAUUCUUCCCCUUUUCUCUCAAUCGCUCUCUCCUCUUUUUCCACACACUCUCUCUCUCACUCUCUCUCUCUCUCUCUCUCUCUCAAUAUCUCUUUCUCCCUCUCUCCCUCUCUCUCAAUCUCUCUCAAUCUCUUUCUUCUAUCUCUCUCCUCUCUCGCUUCUCUCUCUCAAUAUCUCUCUGCCUCUCCCUCUCUGUAAACUCCAACAGGAUUCUCUUAACUUGUUCCUCUGAAAAUCCUCACUCUUUCUUUCUAGCCCUCUCUCUCAAUCUCUUUCUUCUAUCUCUCUUCUCUCUCGCUUCUCUCUCUCCCCCUUUCUCUCUCAAUAUCUCUCUCCCUCUCCCUCUCUCCCUCUCUCUCAAUCUCUUUCUUCUCUCUCCUCUCUCCUUCUCUCUCUCCCCCUUUCUCUCAAUAUCUCUCUCCCUCUCCCCUCUCUCCCUCUCUCUCAAUCUCUCUCAAUCUCUUUCUUCUAUCUCUCUCCUCUCUCGCUUCUCUCUCUCCCUCUCUCUCUCUCAAUAUCUCUCUCCGUCUCCCUCUCUCCCUCUCUCUCAAUCUCUCUCAAUCUCUCUCUUCUAUCUCUCUCCUCUCUCGCUUCUCUCUCUCCUCUCUCUCACUUUAUCUCUCCUACUCCCUCUCCGUAAACUCCAACAGCAUUCUCUUGUUCCUAUGACCCUCUCUCUCAAUCUCUCUCUCCUAUCUCUCUCCUCUCUCGCUUCUCUCUCUCUCUCCUCUCUCAAUUUCUCUCUCCCUCACCCUCUCUCUAAACUCCAACAGGAUUCUCUUAACUUUCUUUCUUUCUAUCUCUCUCUAUCCCAAUCUCUCUCUUAUCUCUCUUACCUCUCUCUCUCAAUCUCUAUCUUCUCUCUCUCUCUCUCUUUCUCUCUCUCUCUCUCUGUAAACUCCAACAAGAUUAAUUAA